AUGUCCAGAGAAGACCCUAUCAAGGCGGAGAAGGAUUUUUCUGCUACGUUGGAUGAGCAGUUCCCGCUUAUUGAAAAGAUACCUGAUUACAAACAACAAUUGGACAAGUACUUGGUUUUGGAGAAGCAAACUCGUCAAUCGUCCGAUUUGGCUUCAUCAAAGAGAGUUUUGAACAAGAUUGUGUCUACUUUGGUGUAUAAUAAUGACUGGGACUACUUGAACGAUUUGAUUGUUAUUUUGUCCAAAAAGCAUGGCCAGUUGAAAUCGUCCAUCCAGGCAUUUAUUCAAGAUGUGAUUGCCAAUUUGUCGAAAUUGGACGAGUCAAAGGAAAAAGAGUUGGAAACAAAGAUGAAGAUCAUUGACACGAUAAGAACAGUAACAGACAAGAAGAUUUUUGUUGAAGUUGAGAGGGCGAUUGUGUCCAAACAAUUGGCUGAAAUUUACUUGAACAAGAAGCACGACUUGGACAAGGCAGUGGAGAUCUUGUGUGAUUUGCAAGUGGAGACGUAUUCGUUGAUGCCUUUUAGUGACAAAAUUGAGUACAUUUUAGAGCAGAUCAGAUUAACAUUGCAAAAAGGUGACUACAAUCAGGCAAAAAUAUUGAGCAGAAAGAUUUUGUUGAAGACGUUGAAAGGGUUUGACAAGGCGGAUGAGUUCAAGACAACUUAUUUGAAGUAUUUGAUCGAAAUAAACACAUUUGACUAUGAUUACAUAUCGAUUGUCAAGAACUUGUUGUUAUUGAUUGAAAUUCCAUUGGUUCAGGAAUCGGCAAACUACAAAGAUUAUCUUGUGCAGACCAUUUACUACAUAAUUCUUUCCACAUCAGACCCCCACCAGAUUGACUUGAUCAACAAGAUACAAAAGAACCCUGUUUUCAAAAAGAAUGUUGAGACAAAGAUUUUCAAAUUGUUGGAAAUAUUCUCCACUGACGAGUUGAUUCAUUGGACCAACAUUGAAUCUAUUUACAAGAACGAAUUUGAGCAAUCAUUCAUUUUCAAGGACCCAAAGAACUACCAAAACUUACAAAAGAGAAUAAUAGAACACAAUUUGCGUGUUAUCAACAAGUUCUACCUGAUUAUCCAAUUGGAGAGGUUGGCUUAUCUUUUGCAGUUAUCCACAGAUGAGUCGGAAAAGUAUGUGAGUGAGUUGGUGAAUGAGGGAAUGAUUGUUGCCAAGAUCAACCGUCCAAAGGGUAUAGUCAAGUUUGACAAGACAAAGCGAAUUGAGGGUAGCGACCCACGAGUGAGUGAUAACCAUAUCAACAACUUGCUCAAUGACUGGUGCUUUGAUGUAGAUAAGUUGUUGGAAGAGGUUGAUUCGAUUGGCCAUUUGAUAAACAAAGAGGAAAUGAUGCAUGGUAUAAAGCAGAAGGUAUAG